AUGAAACGCGCAUCUUCUCUAUCAAGCGAUACUUCUGACAAAAAACAGAAAUCAAAUGCCACACUUUAUGAUUGUCCUUCUAAAACAAUUGAAUCUAGUCAUGAAUAUGAAGAAAAUUUCAAUUCAAAUUAUACCCAGCCACAAUUUAUUUCAAAUUUUCGCAAGGCCUUUAGAAAUCGUCAAGAUUUCAAAGAUCCAUUAACCAAUGCUACUAUAUAUGGUUCCCCAUUUCCAAUCGCUCUUAUUCCUAAUAUUUUUUCUUCUCAAUUUCUUGAAUCCGUAAAAUCUGAACUCGAAACUGAUGAAUUUUAUCAUAAGUCUAAUGAUUUAUACGAAUUUUAUCAAAGUGAAGAUUUAAAACUUUCAAAAAAUCAAAAUACAAUAAAAUUAAGAGAAACAAUUUAUUCCGAAAGUUUUGUUCAAACUAUAUCUGAAUUAACAGGAAUUCAACUUGAUUCUACUCCCGAUUUAUCUGCUCAUCAAUAUAUACAAAGUAAUUAUUUAUUGUGUCAUGAUGAUGAUAUUAAAGAUGAUGAAAAUAUGCAUGGAAGGAGAGUCGCGUUUAUUAUUUAUUUGGUUGACAAUGAUUGGACAAAAGAAUAUGGUGGUUGUUUAGAUUUAUUCAACACUGAUAGUCAAGGCCAUCCAGAUCAAGUUUCACUUUCAAUUACUCCGAAAUGGAACACUAUGGUAUUUUUCGAACUUAGUCCAACUUCAUAUCAUCAAGUUGCUGAAGUAUUAACUUCCACAAAAGUUCGUUUAUCAAUUUCUGGUUGGUUUCACGGUGCUCUUAAUACCAGAUUAUCAUGUGCUCAAUACGUCCCUUUGGUCUCUGUAAAUCCUGAUCAAUAUAACAUAAAUGAAAUUGUUAAUCCAAGUUAUUUAACAGAGCAGGGUAUUAAAGAUAUUAUUAAAGUUUUAAGAAGAGAAGCUUCAAUAGAAUUACAACAAUUUCUUCAACAAAAUAUAUAUGAACAACUUAUUGUCAGUUUUAACAAAGCACAAUGGGAUAAACAGCCUACAGGACCACCAUUUAUAAGAAGAUAUCAACUUCUUAUGGAUAAUGCUGAUAAUGAAUUACCAGAUAUUACUAAUACAUCACCUUUUCAUCAAUAUAUUUAUAACUUUUUCAAAUCAAAAAUAUUUAAAAAUUAUCUUGCACAAAUCACUCGUUACAAUAUUAGUAAAGCUUACUCAGAAAUUCGACAAUUUCAAUCAGGUGAUUAUACUUUAAUUCAUGAUCAAGCGUUAGACAAAGAAGGUUUGGAUAUAACUCUUUGUUGUAUUGAAGAAGAUUGGAAUCAUGAAUGGCAGGGUGGAACACAUUAUGUUGCUCGAGAAGAAGAAUUAUUAACUAUUUGGCCAAAAAAGAAUACUCUGAGUAUAGUAGUGAGAGAUGCUGGAACUAUGAGAUUU